AUGCAUGGCGGGGAAACAGUAGAGCGACGUGCAAUUGUCGUUCUGCACGGCCACGGCGAUCGCUUUCUGCAAUUUCAGUCUGCUUCGUUCUCAACAGAAUGGAUGCGAGUGGUUGAGAGCGGUGGUAAAAGACGUCAACAAGAGACAACAGAUCGACAUUAAACACGACUUAGUGCUCAGCAAUCACCUAAUUAUAAUCGUCUUGCAUUCUGGUACAACCCAAUUGAUGAUUAUAGUUUGAUCCCGUAUGUUCUUAUCGGCACCAUAACAACUGAA